UAUGUCCUUGUUGGGUGCGGUUGGGGCUUGGAUGCCAUCUCCCCUUCACUGUGGAUCGAGAUCUGAUCUAAACGCAACCCAAUUUUGGGUUUCUCUUCAAAGCCAGCUGGUCUGGCUUGAUUUUCUUUAGCCUUUUUUGACAUAUUAACAAUCUUUUUUUUCUUUUUUACAAAGACUGGCCCGCAGCAGGUGCUGGAGGGUUGACCUUCCUGGAGAAGAACAUUAUCAGACUGGUGCCAAACGAAGGACCUGAAAGCCUAAAAAAAAACAUUUGAUGGAGACACAAAAGCAGUGAGGAUUCAGAGGGAGAAGAUAGUGAAGUUGAAACAGAAGGUUUUGAGCAAGUGAUUGGAACGAAUGCCGGAGUCUUUGAAAUAAGAGGAACGAGCAAAGAGGAAAGACUGCGCUGAGGAUCUGAGCGAGAGCGAGAGCGAGAGAGGAAGGAAGACAAGUGUGUACCGUACUUUUGGAAUAGGAAGGAAUACCAGACCGAAAUAAUGGGGAGGAAAAAGAUUCAGAUUGCGCGGAUAAUGGACGAACGCAACAGACAGGUUACGUUUACAAAGAGGAAGUUUGGACUAAUGAAGAAGGCCUACGAGCUGAGCGUUCUGUGCGACUGUGAGAUCGCCCUCAUCAUCUUUAACAGCACUAAUAAACUGUUCCAGUACGCCAGCACCGACAUGGACAAAGUUCUGCUCAAAUACACUGAGUACAAUGAACCCCAUGAGAGUCGGACUAAUUCGGACAUCGUGGAGACUCUGAGGAAGAAGGGUCUAAACGGCUGUGACAGUCCUGAUAUCGAUGCUGAAGAUUCAGGCCACAGUCCAGAAUCUGGAGACAAAUAUUGUAAAAUCAACGAGGACAUUGACCUGAUGAUCAGCAGGCAGAGACUGUGUGCCAUCCCCCAGUCUAAUUAUGACAUGCCCAUCUCAAUCCCUGUGAGCAACCCCAACAGCCUGAUCUACAGCCACCCAGGAGCGUCCCUGGGCAACCCCAACAUGCUGCCGCUGGCCCACCCCUCCCUCCAGAGGAACAGCAUGUCCCCUGGAGUGACCCACCGGCCCCCGAGUGCAGGAAACACAGGUGGCCUUAUGGGUCCAGACCUCAGCAGCGGAGUGGGCACCAGCGCUGGAAACGGGUAUGGAAACCACCGCAACUCCCCUGGUCUGCUGGUCUCUCCGGGGAGCAUGAGCAAGAACAUGCAGGCCAAAUCUCCUCCACCCAUGACCAUGAGCAUGAGCAACCGCAAGCCCGACCUGCGCGUCCUCAUCCCUCCCGGCUCAAAGAACACCAUGCCCUCCAUCUCGGAGGAUGUUGACAUGUUGCUGAACCAGAGAAUAAACAACUCCCAGUCGGCCCAGUCUCUGAGCACACCGGUGGUGUCUGUAGCCACGCCCACUCUGCCAGGACAGGGAAUGGGCGGCUACCCAUCAGCCCUCUCUACCUCAUACGGUACAGAAUAUUCUCUCAGCAGUGGAGACCUGUCCUCUCUGACCGGUUUUAACAGCUCGGCUUCUCUUCAUCUGGGUUCGAUGACCGGCUGGCCACAAAACAUGCAGCAUUCUGGUCUUGUACAUCUAGGGAACUGCACCAGCACGCCGUUAUGUCAGAGCUCCACCCUCUCACUGCCGUCCAAUCAGAGCCUGCACAUCAAGUCCGAACCUGUGUCUCCUCCCCGAGACCGGGCCGGAGGCACCCCAGGCGGCUACGCCCAGCCUCCACCCCAGCAGCAGCAGCCGGCGUCUCAGCAGGGUCAGCUGCGGCAGGACGCGGGCCGCUCUCCGGUCGACAGCCUGAGCAGCUGCGGCAGCUCGUACGAGGACAGCGACCGCGAGGAGCACCGCAUCGACUUCCACUCACCCAUGGGACUGCUGAGACCCUCUCCGGACGAGCGGCAGAGCCCGUCUGUCAAGCGCAUGCGUCUGUCCGAGGGCUGGGCCUCGUGAUCACGGACGGCUUUUCUAUGCAAAGAUUUCACUUUAGUAUUAUUCUAUUUGUUUCUGCGGAGUGCGAGUGUUACAUCAAGUAUUACAAUUGAUAUAUAUAUGAUAAACGGGGCGGGUGGGUGUGUUUGUGAUUUGGGGUUGGGGGCAUGGGUCAUGCAUUGCUUGUGCCACGUGUGGGGAAAACUACAAAAAAAAAAAAAAAUGAUACAUGCAGUUUAUGCAGUGUAUACAAGCAUACAGGAUUAAAAAGA